AUGUUUGCAGUCAUUCUGUUAGGACUGUGUGCAAAUGCCAUCACAUUUGAUCAAUGGCAAUCUAAAUACAAAUUUAAAUUCUCUCCUGUGGAAAGACUAAGAAGAAAAGCAAUAUUUACAAGUAAUUUCAAAUAUGUUAAGGAAUUUAAUAAAAAUCAUGAUUUUGAACUCUCUGUUGAAGGCCCAUAUGCUGCUUUAACUAGUGAAGAAUAUCAAGCACUUUUAAAUAAACAAAUUAUUGGAAAUGAAAAUAAAAAUAUUGAAGUUAUCAAUUUAAAAAGUAAUAAACAAGUUCCUGCUUCUGUUGAUUGGAGGGCUGAAGGAAAAGUUACUCCAAUUAAAGACCAAGGAAGUUGUGGAUCAUGUUUUACUUUUGGUGCUGUUGCAGCAAUUGAAUCACGAUUACUGAUAAGUGGAACAACUGGAUAUACUGCACAAACCUUGAUCUUUCUGAACAACAAAUUCUUGAUUGUGCUAUUCUUGCUAAUGGAUGAUAAUCCUUAUACUGGCAAAGAUGGAAAAUGUUUAUAUGACAAGACAAAAGUAAAAGUUUCUAUUGAAGGACUUCGAACUGCUGACAUUAGUGAUACUGCUCUUACUGCUGCGAUUGCUGAUGCUCCUGUUGGUGUUUGUAUUGAUGCUAGUCAAACAUCUUUCCAAUUAUAUAAGUCAGGAGUUUAUGAUGAACCAAAAUGCAAGAAAAUAAUGAACCAUUGUGUUGCUGCUGUUGGAUAUGGAUCUCAAGAUGGUAAAGAUUAUUAUAUUGUAAAAAAUUCAUGGGGAACUACAUGGGGAAUGGAUGGUUAUAUUUUAAUGUCAAGAAAUAAGAAUAACCAAUGUGGUAUUUGCACAGGAAUUUCAUUCCCAGUUGGAGUAAAAUUGAUUUAA